AUGGGUAAUGUAGGAUGCAACAUAACUUUCCUUUCCAAUAUCUGUAGAUUAAAUGUUCUGCCUAACCAUUUUGUUCAACAUAGCAUCUAUGAGAAUCCUUUCUUUUUUGUUUUAUUUGUCUUUUUGUUUAGAGUGCCAGUGGCAACAUUUCUUGUGGAUGUUACUCUCGAAACUGAUAAAUUAAGGUGUGACGUGUUCUGGAACAUGGUAUUUGUUAGUGUUGGAGUUGUCAUUUCCUCCUAUGGGGAGAUUCAUUUUAAUGUGCUCGAUACAGUUUAUCAAGUCUCGGGAAUAGCUGCUGAAUCAUUGAGGCCGGUCUUAACUCAAGUUCUUCUUCAAAAUAAAUGCGUGACACUAAAUCCUAUUACCAGCUUGUAUUACAUAGCACCCUGUAGCUUUGUAUUCCUUUUUAUUCCAUGGUAUAUCCUUGAGAAGCCUGAGAUGGAAGCUCCACAUAUGCAGUUUAACUUCUGGAUAUUUUUUUCAAAUGCUCUCUGUGCUUUGGCAUUGAACUUCUCAACAUUCUUAGUGAUUGGUAGAACUGGGGCUGUAACUAUUCGAGUGGCCAGAGUUUUGAAAGACUGGCUACUUAUCUCUCUUUCAACUGUCUUAUUUCCUGAAUCAAAAAUUACAGGACUGAACGUUAUUGGCUAUGCUAUCUAAUGAAUUUUUGCCAUACACAGUUAGCAAGGGAUCAAACUCGGUUAAAAGGUUAAUGGACCCAAAUAUCUAUCGCUUCAUUCACUUGUGUCGGGAAUUGGUGGUUGAAGUAGCUAUACGUGACAAUGCCCAGAGAUUGUAUGCAUCCAAGCUGAAAUUCAUUGGCAGAGAAACGGGAGGAUUGGGAAAAUGGAAAAUGGUACUGCUUCUGGUGUUAAAGUUGAAAAUGAUUAUGGACCAGUAUCAAAGGGUUGGGAAAUUCCCCCUUCAACAUGAAGAAUCCUAUCUAAGAGACUACUAAGUUUGAUGACUGAGAUUAGUAUUUAGAAUAAAUAUUAGGGAAUCCGACUUUAGAAUAAAUUUUAAGGAACCCGACUUUGAUUAGCAGUAGAAAAUGAGGUGAUAUUUCCUAUCACAGUUUUAUAUUUAUAUGAAUUUUAGAAUGGACUCAAGUACAUUGAAUGUUUAUUUAA